CAGACAAGUCAAAUUGCUAGUUGGCAGUUGCUACCGUAGCCUAAAAGGACAGGAGACCAAGAAAAUUUUAAAAAAAUUUCCAAUCAACCAGGAGUGGAAAAUUUUAAAAUAUGGCAACAUAUUAGAGCCACAAUGACGACAACUUAAGGGCGUAAUAUCCCCAAAACACCCACAGUACCAACAACUUCCUCAAGAAAUGGCUUAAGAUGACUUCAUCUAUCACACAUUCCGGUUUAAGCGCCUGCCUUAUAAAUAAAUUUGUUUAUAGGCGAAAAAAACCUUCGACGAUUAAUUCUUCCAACUUCUAAGUAGUUUUAUUUGCCAGGUUCAAGCUCUGUAUUCAUGGGUUCUCUCGGUUUCUUGGAGGAGCCCUUAGGCACUUUGCAGUAUCCUAUAGCUCGCAGGGACCUGUCUGUGGUUGAUGAUUAUCAUGGUGUUAAGGUGGCUGAUCCUUAUCGAUGGAUUGAAGAUUCUGAUGCUGAAGAAGCAAAGGAGUUUGUACAGAAACAGGUUGCUCUGACAGAAUCAGUGCUUGAAAAGUGCGAGAUAAGGGGUCAACUUCACAAGAAAAUCACAAACCUCUUUGAUCAUCCACGCUACACCGUGCCGUUUAAGCGAGGCAAUAAAUAUUUUUAUUUCCAUAACACCGGGCUCCAAGCACAAAACGUCCUUUUUAUGCAGGAUGGUUUACAUGGAGAACCAAAGGUCUUGUUUGACCCCAACACCCUUAGUGAGGAUGGAACAGUUUCCUUAAAGGCGCUUUCUGUUAGUGAGGAUGCCAAGUACUUGGCUUACGGGCUUAGUUCGAGUGGAAGUGAUUGGGUGACGAUUAAAGUAAUGCGAGUUGAGGAUAAAACAGGGGAGCCUGAUAGUUUAUCAUGGAUAAAGUUUUCGGAUAUCAGCUGGACACAUGAUAGCAAAGGGUUUUUCUAUAGCCGCUAUCCAGUGCCCAAAGAUGGAGAAAACCUUGAUGCUGGGAUAGAAACUAGUGCUAACGUUAAUCAUGAGUUAUACUAUCAUUUCCUUGGUGCAAAUCAAACUGAAGACAUUUUAUGCUGGAGAGAUCCUGAAAAUCCUAAGCACAUGUUCAGUGGAAGAGUGACGGAUGAUGGGAGGUAUCUUCUCUUGUAUAUUGAUGAGGGUUGUGGCCCCGUUAAUAAACUGUACCACUGCGACAUGUCUGCACUUCCUGAAGGUCUUGAAGGUUUUAGGGGAAGCAAUGGCCCACUCCCGUUUGUUAAGUUGAUAGAUCAAUUCGAUGCGCAAUAUAUUUCCGUUGCUAAUGAUGAUUCAUCGUUUACUUUCAUGACAAACAAAGGUGCUCCAAAAUAUAAAUUAGUUCGAGUAGAUCUGAAGGAACCCAGUAAGUGGAUUGAUGUUAUUCCAGAGGAUGAUAAAGAUGUGCUUGAAUCAGCAUGUGCUGUAAAUGGAAAUCAGAUGAUUGUGAGCUAUCUGAGUGAUGUGAAAUAUGUGCUCCAAGUGAGGGAUUUGAAAACAGGUUCCAUGCUGCAUAAGUUGCCCAUUGAGAUAGGAACUGUUUAUAGGAUUUCUGCUCGUCGUGAAGACAGUACGGCUUUCAUCGGUUUUACUAGCUUUCUUACUCCUGGUAUUAUAUACCAGUGCAACUUAGGAAUUGAGUUUCCAGAAAUGAAGAUAUUUCGUGAAAUUAGUGUGCCUGGAUUUGAUCGCUCCAAUUUCAAAAUCAAUCAGGUUUUCGUGCCUAGUAAGGAUGGCACCAAGAUUCCAAUGUUCAUUGUUGGCAAGAAGGAUAUUAAUAUGGAUGGAUCACACCUAUGUUUGCUGUAUGGAUAUGGUGGAUUUAACGUCAGUCUGACACCAUCAUUUAGUGUUAGUCGUAUUGUGCUUGCUAGGCAUCUUGGUGCCUUUUUCUGCAUCGCAAACAUUCGUGGCGGUGGAGAGUAUGGAGAGGAAUGGCACAAAGCUGGCGCCUUAUCCAAGAAGCAAACUUGCUUUGAUGACUUCAUUUCUGCUGCUGAGUAUCUAAUAACUUCUGGGUAUACUCGGCCCGGAAAAUUAUGUAUUGAAGGGGCAAGUAAUGGUGGGCUUCUAGUUGGGGCUUCCAUAAAUCAAAGACCUGAACUUUUCGGUUGUGCUCUGGCUCAUGUUGGUGUGAUGGACAUGCUGCGAUUUCACAAGUUCACUAUUGGCCAUGCUUGGACUUGUGAUUUUGGCUGUUCUGACAAAGAAGAAGAGUUCCAAUGGCUUAUCAAGUACUCACCAUUACAUAAUGUAAGGAGACCAUGGGAGAAACAUCCUGGUGAGCUGUCACAAUAUCCAUCCACCAUGCUAUUGACCGCAGAUCAUGAUGAUCGUGUCGUUCCAUCACAUUCAUUGAAGAUGUUGGCAACAAUGCAAUAUGUUCUGUGUACGAGCUUGGAGAAUAGUCCCCAGACUAAACCGAUUAUCGGACGCAUUGAGUGUAAGGCCGGACAUGGAUAUGGACGUCCAACACAUAAAUUGAUAGAUGAAGCCGCUGACAGGUAUAGCUUCGUGGCUAAGGUGUUGGGCGCAACUUGGAUCGAGUAACUCGGAUCAUCAUAGAUAUAAUAUUCGAGUUUUCUUAGUAAUAGAGCCCGAACCUUUUUUUCCCAGACAAUAAAGCAAUUAUGGAUUACAGAUAUGUAUUAAGUUAAAAAUUUACUUAUAUUUAGAAUCGUUUAUUAUUUUCCUGAUCUUACUUCCCCCAGUCAUUGUAAAUGAGUGCAUCAAAUCAACCAACUAAGUGGCUUACAGAAAUACAAUACCCUGUCAGUUGUCAUCCUCUCUUGUUCUCUCAUGUUUCUGUGUCACAUGUUUGAAAAGCGGACAAAGUUGAGCAAUUACAGAUGUGUGGUUUCUGAGAGUAAUUAUCUGAUAUUCUUUGAAAAAAAGGAACCGUAAUUGUAUAUAAUUGUUGGGAAUAUUGACUCAAAUUUUAUAAGAGAUUU